CUCACCGUCCUCGACGUCCCGCUCGCCGUGCACAAUGGCGAGCACAAUGGCGUCAACGUCCGCAACUCGCAGUCCAUCAGGGUUCGCGUCUCUCCUCCGCCGCUCCAAAUUCGCAUCCUACGACCCCGCCAUCGGCCAAGUGUACACCGCUCCUCACGCACACCGUGUCCGCGGUACCUUCGGGUUCAAGCGCCAGCUCCCCCACGGUCCCAAGGGUCUCAAGCUGCAAUAUGUCAAUAUGAAUGCACCGGACACCGCCUGGAACGUCAUGUUCUGGAGUUCUGGGGAGCGCGGUGCUCGGUGGAUGAAUACGAUGGACGAACUGCGCCCUCCGUUCCUCCCCGCCAAUGACGGGAUUGACUCGACUAGAGAUGGGUGGAACACUUGGAUGGACCAGACGCGGCCGAAAGAUCGACAGACGUGGUACGACGACACCGAGUUUACCAAGGCUCUUAAAGCCGGCCAUUCCCAGGGCCGGGGAUCGAAGGCACUUGACCUGGAUCCGCUCGAUGGGGUACUCCCGACUAGGAAGCAGGACAAUGAAGUGUUCCCGAGCACUAAUUGGCAUAGGCUAGGGAGGAAGGAAAUGCGGAAGUUCUUGCAGGAUGUGAGGGGCCUCAGCGAGGACUUCAAGGCGUGGAUCGUACAAAAGCACAGGGAAGGCAGUCUGAACCUCUUGGAUGAAAAUAUGAAGGCAGACAGAGCCAGCAAAAACAGCAAAGCUGUUCUUCUGGAUAACGAUGUCGUCUUCUUCGAGUUGAUGCACGCCCCUAACGCCCCCCUGCUCUUCUUCGAAUUCUUGAAGGAGCGGCGCUCCCCUGACUGGACCGAACAGCUCAUUCCCGCCCCACACCCUACGGCCGGACUGUCGUACCACCGGCCAUCCACACUCCAAGCAUUCCUCGAUCAUCCACCGAUAAAUGGCCACAUCCUCGGCGAGAGGCAGACCGGAGGGAGGGGCCGCAAACGCGAUACAGCGGACAACUCCGUGCUCGUGGGCGUCGCUGGGCAUGUGGCCAAAUUAGAGGAAUUCGAGCAAGGUUCGAGGGCAAAGGCGAUGCAGAAGUUGUCGGACGACCCCGAGCUCGGCAGAGGCCAAUUCCGCAUCUGGAACACCGUGCUAAUAACGCCGCCGGAAACCUCGGCCUCAAAGCGCGGCUCGCUCAAAUGGGAGGAUAUCCGGGGAUCCCGGGUCAGCAUCGAACUUCGCGAGAUGAUUCCCGGCGUGGACGCGCUCGAAAAUAAGAGCCUGCCGGGUUCGCCGAAGUAUGUCAGCGAGAGCCUCAGUGACCUGCGGGUGAGAGGUAUGACUGGCCAGCUUCGCCCAGCGACGAACAAGGAGAAGAUCACUUCGAGUUUCUCUCUCAAAGAACCCUCGGGGUCCCAACUCGUCGAUACCCUGGACAGGCUCCUUGAUAAAACAGCUACCACACCACGCACGGGCUGAAGGAAGACGGCAAGCCGGGCGAGCACGAGGGAUAGUGAUAUGCAUGCAUGCAGUGCUUGUAUCUCUUCGUUAACACCAUAACCCUAACUAGUGUAAAUGGUUAAAGCACAUC